AUGCUAAGAGACUUUGUUUAUGUGCAGGAUGAUUUUUCCAUCAGGUUGUGUUAUGCAGUUGUUGUAUUCAACUAUUGGACGAGGUAUUAUCCUGAAAGAAAAGAUAUUUUCCAGAAAAGAUGUCUACACGUAUACCUCUACGGAGUUGAUGUCCAUCUUUUCAAUCGCACUUCUGUCUACAACAUGUUACGGAGCAUUUUCAAGCCAGACAGUUACCAAUCCUCAGAAUUUUUGUGUCGCUUUGCAAGUGUGACAGGGACCUCUAAGGAAACAUCUAAACUCAUAACUUCUGAAGAGCAGAACCGUCAUCGGAAUGUUACUUCAAGUGAACAGGAGAUAAGUAAUUCUGCAUCUAAUUCAGGGGUUUUAGACACUUUCUGGAGUCAUGCUCAUAAAUUGAUACCUGCAAUCAGAUUUGAUUUGGAGUUGACUAACAUAUGCGCUGGUCAACAUGCUGUUGAAGACCCACCUAAAAGUUGGGACAAAGCGUUUCAUGUAUUUCAUUUUGGAGAAGGUACAAUUGAGUAUAUAUUAGAUGAGCCAGGUCUUGCUACAUCAGAAACUCAAAAAAUCGAAUUACCGGAAGAUAACAUAGCCGUACAAAAAAGCUGGCCUAAAUGGGAAUUACAUGUUAAUGUAAAUAAGGUGUGCCAGCUGAACUAUGGUCCAUGGGCAGAUCGUCAACGAGAUAUAAUCUGGCGGUUUUUCUUUCCAUCAUCAUAUCAAAUCGCUAAACCCAGUAAACCAGUCAUUAUAGGUCAACCUAGGGUGGCGAAAAAAUUCAUUUUCGAGUUACAGACAUCCACAAAUAUUAAUCUAAAUGUCUAUUUCAUGAGACAGAAUGUUGUUGAGUCUUUGACACUUUCAGGACUUCCAAAUUCAGUUAUAAAGCUAAGUAUACCAUGGCUAGUUGGUCGUAAUGGUUUCGUUACCACUCUACAUAUAAAUCUAGUUAAAGGCAACUUGAUUACAGAGCAUUUAUGGCGUAAUCUACUUACCAGUAAUCAGUAUGUGAACUUGGAUCUAAAAAUGCAGUAUCCACGAGAAUGGAAUAUGCGACAGUUAUGGGACAUUACACUCGAUACUCGUGAUGCACAAUUAACCAUACUUUUUGAUUACAAACAUUAUUUUAAAGGUCUCAUCGACGAUUGGAUUCGUGGUUCUCACCCAGAUCUUCUAAGUUUCGUUCCUUGUACAUAUAAAUUUCAUAUUAAGUCAAACAAUAUGGAUUUGAUUUUAUUAGCAAACGAUUACAACUGGAUAUCGGAAUACGGUGAAAAUGCUCAUCUGGCAUUCCAUGCUAAGAAAUUAAGCUUGACAUUCGACUUGCCAUUUGUGGAUUUUUUGCCGACUACAGUACCAAUUAUCUAUAGUAUCGAAGGUUCAUCAGUAUCACUUCGGUUUUCCAUACCUGAAACUAGUACCUUGUAUUACUUGGUACAAGAAGUUCACAAUCGUUUGAAAUUUGUAAAUGGUCGUGGUCAGCUACAGAAAUCAUCACCAUUCCACUCUAGCACUCAGGAAAUGACAUUUCCUAAAUCAGGAUCUAAAACAAUUAGUCUUCAGUGGUUUGAUUGUGGUUGGGCACCUCGUAUUAGCAUUCGGAUUGCCUACGUUUACCAUCCAUCACCGUGGGUAUCUGAAUAUUGGCGAUUUCUUCCACCAGAGUUUAAGUUGAAUGUACUUGCUCUUAAGGGCUUAAGUUCAACUGCUUCAUCCAAUCAGAGUAGUCGUAAACUGAAUGUAACAAAACGCACAGCUGCUUUAAGUCAGCAAAACACAGAAUCAGCUGGUCAAUCGGACCUAGAAGAGUUGGCACUUCAGAAACUUCGACCAGAAGGUAGUCAUACACAAGGUCCUACAGAAAAUGAUAUACUACAGAGUAAAUUUGAUGUUUACUCUGCUUUAGAACCAGAUACAGUGGAUCUACACUUACACAUCCCAUCAGCACAGUUACUCUUCUAUGGCACACUGCUUCGACAUUUUAUUCAUGUGAAAGAAAACUAUUUCGGUUGCCAUCAGAUACCUGUGAGUUUUGAUCGUGAGCCUCUUCAACCGGAGGAAAGCUCAUCUCUAACCGAUGAUGACUUGAUUCGACUGAAGUCACGGACUAGGUGUCAGGCUAAAGAUGAAGACUUGAGUAAAGCCAGCAAACUUCCGGAGAAACGUAUCAUCGAUCCAAGGGACUGCCGUCCUUUGUCUGUUCGAGUGUCACUUGAAUUUCAUAACACACAAGUGCAUCUACCGAUGCAUGGUUCAUCUAAUGAAUCACCCUGUCCAACAGCUUUUCUAGAUUGUUUUGGCUUUGAAAUGGACAAACGCUGGCAUGAGACAAAGCUUCAGUUACUUUUCUCCCCAAUUUUAAUAUGUUUGUAUGAUCAAAAUAAGGACUUCCGAUCUAAAUCAACCUCAAAUGUAUCCUCAAGUCGUAUUCAACUUGUUGGUUUACAGCUACGUGGUCAAGGGAUGUUUAGUCAUGUCGACUUGCCUAUUCGAUCAGAAUCAUUAGAAUAUGCUUGGUUAUUGGAACUUACUGUAGGUCAACUUACUGGUCAGUUGUCUGCUCCUAAAAUGGCAUGCUUAAUUCAGUGUUUAAAAGAAUUUGUUUUCUCUGCAGUGGAUUCGGAAAAUCAACUCGUAUCUUCCAGAGCGUUUGAACUAUGUCAGCAUGGUCGUCCUCAGCAAUUAUGUCCAUUUUGGCAUAAAAUUUGCCCCACCACUUUAUGUCCAAGUGAUAUGCAACUUAAAUAUCGAAUGUUUCGUCUCACCGUUGAUGCUAUUGAUUUAAGUAUUGUGGAGAACAGAAAUUGUUUAUGUAUUCAGUUUGAUCCAAUCCGCUUAGCUCAUUGCAACAGACAUAGUGCUACUCAUUGCGAUGGAAUGUUUAUGUUACUUCCUGACGUCAGACUGAUACAAUUAGUUGCACCAUUAGCUACUGAAGUCAAAGAUCAUUUCAAUCCAAACAGUCAGUUUAUAAAUACUAAACAAGCUGAAAAUUCUGUUUUAUGGUUUGAAGCCGGUUCAUUUUCUCUUGGUCCAGUUCAUGUUAAUCUUUCUAGAUCACCAGAAAAACGUGAUCAUCUUAACUGGCAAUUAGAAUUUCUUAAACUUCAUGACUUAACAACUAAACGCUUAUCAUUUCUUUGGUCUGGUAAUAAUGAUGUAAUCAAUGGAACACUUCGUAAUGCUAGUUUGAAUUCACGUCAUACUACAAAAUCAUUUGAUGUAUUCUAUUCUGGUGAAAAUAAAUUGAUUAUGAGAAAGCCUUUACCGGGUUAUGUAGCCCCUGAUAUUAUACCGAAUUGUGGAUGUUAUGGUCAGUGUUCAUUUUUUGGACAAAAUGAAAAUGGUCGAAUUUUGUUUAAUGAAUUAUUAACGGGUGAUUUUGGACAGCGUACUGUAUUCCCAUCUAGAAGUACAUAUAAACCUGAUUUGUUUAUGCCAAUUAAUAACAACUGUAAGACCGAAAUCCAGUCAACUUCUAUGUCUGAUCCGUUUGUAGUUAAUCAGAAAAUGUCUACAUCUAACGUCGCCGACUGCAGUUCAAGGAAUUUAGGCUUCGGUGAAAGUCUUUUGAUGGCUAAUUGCUUGUUGCACGAAUUACAUUCUUCCCAUGAAUGCCGAGAGAGAUACAACGGUUUAUUAUUAAUGCGAGAAGAGGUUAUCUUGGCAUAUCUUGAAGCUGGUAACCAGAAAGGUAUGGAUUGGUGCCUUAUGCAUUUUUGUGAAGAGGAAGAUCAAUCAGAUACAGAUUCAACUAAAAGUUCAAAUAGUUUAGGAACAUAUGCAUCUUUUGAUAGUAGUAGUAAGUUAGAACAACUUAUUAAAUAUGAUUCUGAUGCAUCUGAUAUGGACUUAAAUAUAAGAGAUGUAAAAAAUCUUCUGAAAGAUCCAUUCACUUCUUCUGAUCAAUUGGAUAAAAAGAAUUGUAUUGACCAGUCAUCAGAUAUGAAGACUAAAAGUUCUUGGCCGGAAAUUAAUAUAUCUCAGCGAACUAAACCUUCGUCUUUGUCUGAUCUUUUGGUGCCUAUAGUUCCUAACGAUUCAGGCGAACGUAAUAAAAUGGAUGAGAACAAGGAAUUAUCCGGAGCUGCAAAUGCAAAAAGUGUGACAAAGAAAUUAAGUUAUCUUCCUUCUAAUUUAUCAUUGGAUAGUCUUAUCGAGUUACCUGCAAAUUCAAGUACCUCAUCGAGUUCAUCAUGUAGUAUUUUAGCUCCAUCAAAUAUUGAUCAGUCACAUACAGAAAAUAUUCACUUUGCAUCAUCAUGUAGAAAAUCAUUCUCUAAUAAAAAAUCACCGCCUACUCCACCCCCUCGAAAAUUUGUCAAAGAUCAUUGUACUAGUGAAAUAAAGCAAAAUGAAAUGCACGAAACAGACGUAUUAACUCAAGAUAAGGAUUCGAAUACGGAACCUAGAAUUUCAAAUGGUGAGAAAAAGGAUUAUGAUGAUGCCUUUGAGAAUUUUGUUGACCUUCGAACUCAAUUAAAUCGUCCAAUAAGCGAAAGUGGCCUAUUGCGUCCAGCUUACGGUCGACACUUGAGUGCAUAUAAAUGUGUUGCAGGUCUUACCUGUCCAUCAAAUCUUCGAAAUCGUUGGCAUGUUUGUAAACACAUACACCCUGGGAACGCAUGUCCACGUUCGCUGGAUAAUCUCUUAAAGGGUGAUAAAAGCACAUACAUUAAUCAUUUAAAGUCUCAUCGUCAUCAAAAUAUGACGAUUUUCAAUCAUCUUCGUCAAUGUCAACCUAAGGUUGCUAUGGCUCCACGUUUUCAAAUUCGACAUACUGGUUUCUCAUCUCAAUCUAUUACAGUUCGUUCAAACUCAACCUCAACACGUUCCGAUAUUCCACCGUCAAAUCUUUCAGCAUUGCCACACGAGGAGUCUCAUUAUGAUGCUGAAUCUGUAGCUACUACAAUAAAAUCGAAAGCCAUUGUUUGGCUUCAAGGUCCAGUGAACCUACUACUUACCCCACUUUUAACGGAAUCUUUGGAAAGGUAUAUUAAAAUACUCAUACCUGUUGUGAAGACCAUAUCACCAUCCUCGAUUGUCGAUUCAAUGCACUGUAAGUGUGUGAAAUCAAUGGAGCAUCAGAUAAAGCCUUUGUUAAGCUCUGCUCAUAGUUUAACAUCGAAAAUUCAAAACAAAGCUGGCCAGAAUGAAAAAUUACUUAAAUUGUCUCAUCCUUUAAGUGCUGACAAAUCAUCCUCAUGUAAUCCUGCCGCAAAUGAAGAGCGUCAGUCAAUAUUACAAAACCUACUUGGCAAUCGUUCGACUCAGGAAGCAGUAUCUCAUCAGAAUGUUGCUUCUAAACCUUUCAGGAUUCGUAAAAUGUCAGCAGAUUAUGAAUUGAUGUCAAACAGUCAAGAUACUAUUAAAUCAACCAAGAAUACUUCAGAUGUUUCGAAACCUCUUCAUUCAGUUGCUGAAUUACCCAAUGAUCAUUCAGAAGGAAACUUUGCUCUAAGUGAAUUACUUUCUAGCGUACCCAUGAUUUCUCAAGGUAUAGUAGCGGGUAGUUGUAGACCAAGUCUGUCAAGCAAAGUUGCUGCUCUGUCUGUUGAACGAAUAAAUAUCUCAUUUUUACAACUCUAUGCUGUUGAGGAUUUGGUUCACUUGGAUAGUUUAAGAUCUGGUCUUCAUGAUUUGACGUGUGUAUCCUUGAUGACAUUUUGUGUGGACUCCUUCUCUUUUGAGUUAAUGGCGUCAUAUAAACGUGAAUCAUUGGCAGGCAAAUUUAAUGAUUCGUAUAUACAAGAUCAGCCAAAUAGCAUUUCCACACCAGGAUCGAAUAUUAGCAAUCGACCUUUUGUAGCAUCUUCGACAGUUGAGUCAGGUCAUCAAACAAUUAGACCACCAAGUACUGUAAAUGCACAGAAUAAUAUGGAAAGACAAGAGGAUAAUGUUUCAACAAAUGUUAUGUCGUCUAAUAUUCAUGAUAUUUUGAAUAUCUGUCCUUCAUUACCAGAGCAAUAUAGUUGCAAUCCAGUUAAUCGUAAUGAAAUAGUGAACAAUUCUUUUCCUGGUAGAGUGAAACACAAACGACAACCAUCUUGCCCACAUAUGUUAUUCAGUUUUCCUGAUUUAUCUCAAAGUUAUGAAAUGGUUACACAAUCCUCUGAACCAGUUAUUCGAAAAUCAACUAAACGGUACGAUAAUACACUCACUGAUUCAAGGUAUAAUGCGUAUAAAGAUGGAGAAAAAUCUCAGAAUGUGAAAGAAGGCACCUGUACGAAGAUAGUUCACAGUAAUAGCUUUAACAAUGAUACUAACAAUACAAAAUUACCUAGUGUUGAGUUUAUUUCUUCACAGUCUGAUAGAAAAAAUACGAGAAAAAUUGAUGAUACCGUUGACUCGAAUAAUGUGAGACCUACUACAACUGAACCAAACGAUAAUCUGCAGAAUUCAUGUGAUUGUGAGCACUUAGGCAGUGAAUUAGUUUGUCAGGUAACAGUUCAUAGGCUUCAUGGACAACUACGUCGCCUCACUCGUUACAGUCAGUUCAAUGCAGAUGUUUUACUAACAGCAAUACCUUUUGAAUCUUCUAGAGCAUUUUUCAGCUUUACAUCUGAUCCGCAUAGUUCUAAUCUUAGUCCUGUAAAUGAUAUCUCAUGUACAUCUCAGUUUUUCGAAGAACAAAGUUUCGGUUGGAUUAUGUUUGAGUGCGGUCUCGAAGGUUUAUCGUUUUGCUGGGUGCAACGUAGUGAAUUCCCUGAUUCUGUAUCUGCAGUACAAAAUACAAAAGUGACAUCUACCGAAGAACACCCUAAAGACGCUUACAAUGAAAGCACUGCUUCUGUACAUAAUACAUCACCACAACCGCCACCUGUCAACUCAUCAACUAGUAGAGAAGCAUAUCGUGUCAACGGUCUAUCAUCCAAACUACGUGUUAACACUGUAUGGUUGAAUUUCGCUGCACCCAAACGUUUACCGAAUAAGAGGAGGAUAGAACUUAUCAGAUCUGAUUGGAAUUUGUUGAGCACUGCAGCCCCUACUAUUCGAGCUUGGAUAGACCCGUGUAAUCGAUUAGUUAGCAUUUGUAAACAAUUUCAUUUGAGUUCAGAACGCCGGCUAUUGGCUGUGAUUUCAUGUCUUAUGACUGAAGUUGUUAAUCCAAGAUCUGAUGUGCUGAAUUCUGACCAUAAACGAUGUCCUCGUUCAAUCGGAAACAAAGUUCAAUUAGUUAUGAACACUAAUGAUUUAGAUGGAUAUGCUCGUCAUCGGACAGAAACUGCACAUAUAUUACGCUUUGAUCCUAGUUGCCAGUUACUCGUUGUUUUAAGGCGCUAUCUGCUGGAAAUGAAUAACCAUUAUGGAGUGACAAAGGCCGAUGAACUUUUAGCUGAAAUGCUCAAGGAUUCAGUAGUUCCUCAAAACGAAUUCCUUCAAAGAGGAAUUUUGUCACUAACACGAGAAUGGCGCUUCUUAGUCGAUUCACUUGCUAUAAGCGUAUCAGAUUUGAGAGCCUCAAGGGAGUGUACAAUACCAUCAGUUCCACUAGAUACGAAUUAUGCAGUUGACUUUCGUCAGAUUGAUUUAGAGGAACCUGUUUUGCAGGUAGAGGCCAGUGAUUCAAUUCAACCAGUUACAGUUGGAAAAACAGCUCAUCAAAAAACUGGAAAUUAUUUUGCUGCUCCUAGUCCUGCAGUAACAUCUCGUCUAUUGAAGAUGGUUGUUGGUUCAUUGUCGCCAACAUCACCUCAUCCGGUUAGAUGUGGUUCUGUAAAUAUAGAAGAUGGACUUCAAUCUAGUAAUAAUAUUGGUACAAAUUCAGGUGUUUGUAGAAAGCAGUUAGAUGAUUUAUUUUUCUCUGUUGAUAAGACUGUUGGUCAUGUUCAAGGACAGAAUAAACUGGAUGAUGAUUUAUAUAACCAACCAGAUGAAGCAUACUGGGAUGCAAGUGAUCAGUUAAGUGAAAGCAUUACUGAUACUAAUGACCCUUUGGUUCGUAAUCCAAUAAUGAAACGAUUUCUUCAAGAUGCAAGAGCAAAUAUCAUGGAGCAUCCUCAAACAUCUGAAGUAGCUUCCUUAGCUCAACGACCUACAGCAAAUAUAACUGAUCAUAAUUUGCACAACAAUAUUGACACUUCUAACGCAAACAGGUUGUCAUCUUCGAGCACUGUUGACGCAAAGGUUUGUGAAAGUGAUACUUUUGAGAAAACGUUAUCAGAGAAUAGUAAUCCUAAAGUUUCUGUAACAAAGCCUACGAAAUAUACUAAAGAACAACGAGUUCCUACAAAUGUGAAUUUUGAUCAUUCAUUCACUGCAGAUUGUAAAAUAACAGCAGCCGAUUUUGAGCAAGCUGCUCAUUUAAGUGCUCAAUAUCGUUAUGUUGCCUACAUACAAAGCCUCUUCUCACCGUUGUUAGAAUCAGUUGGAUUAAGUGUAAAGGGAAUUCGUCGCACGACACUGAUGAAGAAGUUUGAUGGGUUUUUGUCUGUUGAAGGUCUUUUACAGACAUUUCAGAUUGAAAUAGUCUCUUCUGCUCGUAAUCCUAUGGUUCAUUCACUUACGAAACAACCAGUAUCGGAACAGGCCAAUGAUUCUGGUAACCCAAAGUCACAUAGUCGAAUCUUUGGUCAACAAACAACUUUUCAAAGACAAUUAGCUUUUUUAUGUUGCAAUUUCGCGUCAAGUUUGAUAUUACGCGACAUUGUGGAUUAUAAAAGUAGCAACUCGACUAGACUUCGUAAACAAACAACUAGUCAGUUAAGUCAAAUACAAACUACAACUAAAAUGGAUGUAAUCCUACACAUAGAUUUUAUUCGACAACAUGUUAAUUUAUCCUUGUUACGUCUUGUUCAUCAGUUUGUCACAAUGAUCUAUUGUGCUAGAGAUACUUGUAAAUCUGUUUCAAAUGAUCAGUCAAUCGAUCCAGCUGUUCCAUCACCAAUUGGAGUAUGGCCACAAAAACAUGAUUCUAAAGGUUCAUCAGAUGAUACAGACGGCACUUAUCGAUCUCGCUCAUCUGCCUAUGUUCGUUUUGGAGAAGAAUCUGUUAGUAGUGGACGAUCUACUCAAGGUGAACAGUUAAAAAGUAAAAAUAAGUAUGAAAAUUUAACUAACAAUGAAGAACAAUAUUCUACAUUUGCUGUUGAACCUGAUCGUUCUUCUGCUGAGAAUACUUCAAAUUCUAGUGCAGACAAAGAUUUAUUAAUCAUCACUAACCCGGUUAAUUCACACGAAAUUGUAACUACCAUGCCUUCAUUUUCCCCUCUUCCUACGAGCAGAACCUCAGAUUUUGAUGAUUCUUCUUUGAGUGCUUUGAGGUCACCAGGUAAUCAUGCUGGCAAUUCUUUCUGUUCUCCACCUUCGUGUUGGAGGCGUUUAGCCAAUUAUGUUGAAUUAUAUUCUACUGUACCCAAAACAAAGACAGUUAUACGUAAGCCUCUGUCUACUUCAAUUCCAACUAUGGCUAUGCCAACGAUUACAGAGGAGGAUCGUGAUCAUAAUGUUAUGUGUGUGUCUGAAUCUUCUAAAGUUAAAAACAGCUUGCCUGCUAUGAGUCAUCCGAAACAGCAACACUCUCCAAGUCCUUCUGGUUUAAAUUCGCCAACUGGCAAUAAGGUGAUUCUAUUCAGUAGGAAAACAUUUCCUACUGUAACUUAUCGUGUUCUUAACGAGGAAAGAGACAAUGAUCAAACUGGUGUGAUGCCUAAAGAUGCUAGUUAUCAGAAUACCAAGUCAUCAAUAACAAGUCAAUGGAAUCCUAGCGUACAAACAUUUGUAUCACGUCAUUCGGGUACUGUUGGAGGGGAUAAAAUUCAAAGCAUUUUACAUGACCUGACGAAAAGUGAUCAGCAAUGCAAAUAUCCUUUUAUUGGUUUGACUGAUACCUCGUCAAAAAAAGAAAAUGCUAUAUCUGGUUGUGGCUUAGAGCAAUUUACCUACCCAUGGGUUUUGGGUGAACGUGUUCCGCUUGUUGUUUUUGUUACAGCUAAAAUACGUCAAAUGGCUGUCAGUGCUGUACUUAGUGAACUGAAUUUAAAUGCUGGCGUUAGAAAUGUACAUGGUUCAUUUACACUUACCAAUCAAAUACGUGGUCAUGGUAGUUUUUCAGAAAAAUUCGUAACUCAUAGUUCAAACUUACAUUGUGGUGAUUGUAGUAUUCAGUUGACCGAAAAGUUGCCACUUAAAGUUCAAGAAGUGGUGUGUGUGAAAGCUGGACGUUCUCAUGCAAUGCUGUCGUGUAGUCGAACUUCACAAACUGAGAGAAAUGCAUGUGUCAUUAGCUUGGGAAGGAUUAUGGUCACUCUACCUCAUCACCCUGUACGAUUGCAUGGUGUAAUGCAACGUCAAGCGAAACGUAUUUCUUCAACUGUGUAUGAACUCCUCCGAAAUCCAAAUGCAGGCUACACACAUAUUCAUUCAUGGCGUUCCUCAGGAUCUCGUAUCGCAACUACACCAACAACGUGCAGUACAACUACUACAGCAAGUGAUCCUUCCAAUAAUUUAAAAUCUUCCCAUCAGCCAACUACGGAACCUGCACAAAUUGCAGUCACCAAUGCUAAGAAAAUAAGUCAAUCGCCCCCACUUAAAUUCAACCUUCUAGCUGUUUCUCAAGGUUUAACUGUCAAUGUGGCUCUACACUCCACACUUCAGGCUGUUUAUCAUAUUGAUCCUGUCUAUGUUUCUGGUCAGCUUGGAACUCGCAGUUACGUAGAUAUCAGUAUUACAGAUCAUUCCUUGACUCUUAAAUCUGUGCGUCCUCCAGCUAACUUCCCAACGUCUAUAUCGUUGCCUUUUCCUCGCAUAUUGGCAUCAAUAGUUCAGCGUGUAUCUUCUGGUGGCCGUUACGCUCGUGGUCAACGAAAGGAACCUAUACUCACAUACGGUUUAGAAGCUGAACAAGGUCUUUACAUGGAUAUACAGAUACACAUUGAUACACUUGAGCAGAAUUUAACUACAGAUAUGCUGAAUUACAUCAUGGUAGUUGUGAAACUAUUUAUGAAGGAAAUAAAUGAAGUUAUUCAAAAAAUGGCUGGUGAAGAACGACCUCGUUUGCGUAAACCUUUGAAGUUUUCGCAUAAUCCAAUGAGUCAAACAGACGAUUCAACACGUUUAAAUGUGUCGGGUGCACAGAGUCAUCCAAAUGGUGACUGGAUUUUAUCACGUGCUGCACGUGGCAGAACUAAAUUUACAAUCAAAAUACGAAUGAAAGAAAUUCAGCUGUUGGCAUCAACAAAGAAUGGGGCAAUUAAACUGGAAGCCAGAAAAAUUGAAGUAGAACUAACUAAUCGUGUUUCACAAACUCAUUUGAUAAAUAAUCGAAACAUUGGAACAUUUCAUGCAUUUAAUGAUUCCCAUGUUUUACCAAGUCACGGUUUGUCUCAGAAAAGACCGUCAAAUUUAAAUAUUCAUUCAAAUAAUUCUGGUCAUUUCAUGGAAUCCGGCUGGAAGUCUUCUAUGGGAUCAAGUAGUUAUGACUCGCUUUUUAUAUAUGCCACAAUCGCCAAUGUUGGUUUGGAUUUAGGUUAUUUUGACCAGGAUACAUUUCAUGCACUUAGUCCUGAUUUUCAGAAUGUGGCAUUUUUCCGCACAUCAAUCGCUUUACGUUCUCUCCUAGCCGAAGAAAAGUUUACUCCCAGUCAAAAUGCAGAAUCGUGUACUUCAAAUGUUAGUCGAGGUGAACAGGAUGCAUUUCUCAUCUCAUUGAAUCGUCCUAUCAUCUGGCUUAAACCUUUCACAUUUGACAGAGGUAUGAGUCAUUUUUCAUUUGAUUGGAUCAGUCUUAUGUCAUUUUCUCCUGUAUUAUGUACAAGUAUAGUUGAUAUCUGAAGGCAACAUAUAUUGUAUUCUGCAGUCAUCGGCUACUGCUGUUUAAAUCCUUCGAAAAUGAAAAUUUGCUCCACAAAUAAAUGUAUACUGCACUCCCCUGACCAAUCAAUAUAUGUAAGCCAGUCCUACAGGAGGUCAAUCGCUGCCCGAACAGCUUAGUGGUGAAGUCGCUGACUACAACACUGGGUGACGUGGAUUCGAAUCUCAGGCGGGACAUCAGUUCCGUCGAGGUUGUAGAUACGCCUUGCUGACGAGUGCCAGAAAGCACGAAACCUAGAUUCAGGGCUUCCUGCCGAUUGCUUCCAACCAACUAAGAUAUACUGCGUGGUUGUUCGAUGAAUCUUGUAAAGGUGUGUAGCUUUGAACCCAUUUAGGAGCUUUUUACCUCGGUAUAUUAAAGGCAUUGGACUUUGAAAAUACUAUCGUUUAAGCAUGGUCCUUUCGCAUAAAUUUCCGGUAUUUUACUACUAACAAACGUAUUUGAAGUAUAUUUUCAGCAACAAAUGUAAAUGUGUUAAUCAUGAUGCUUAUUUCAUCUUUUUCAUAACUUAUUUAGGUAUAAUGAUGUGGAUGGUGUAUCGAGAUGAAUUUGCCAAGUGGAAUGAACAUAUAGAACAUUUAGCAUCAAUGGUACAACUUUACAUCAUUCAUUUGUUUUGUUAAUAACUUUCGUAUUCAAAAUUACUAACCUAUAAAACAAUCAACGAAGAGUGGGGGACGAAGCAAAAGAAUGGGGUGAAUGUAAAAUUUAUGUUGAGAAUAUCUAUAAAGAACUUGUUGACCAUUUCAUUGGUCAAAGUAUUCAAAGUGGAUGUACAUGCACUACUGAGGAGUUCCCUACUAAGACGAAACAGGUGUCCGGUGUUGCCAGGUUUUUAAUGAUUCUGCAACUGAUGAAUAGUACCUUGAAACCAGUCAAUUCGUACAAACCUCUAGGCUGAAUACAUGUGUAUCUUUUAAACAUAUGGUUCAUGUUUUCUUAUGUUCAUUCCAAUCGCUUCUGCAAAACGUUGGGUGCCCCUUUUAUGAGAUUUUCAGGGAACACGAUAUGUCAAAAGUGGUCUGAUGUAACAUGCUUCGAUCUCCACUGUCUACUAAAUGUGGAAGAACUCAACUGUUUCUGACUUUUGCCGUCCCUUUGGCUAGACAUAUUGGGAUAUUUUCACGAGCGCACAUGAUAAAGCCUUAUGAGUACGACUUAACUAACUAGCUCUACAGGAUAUGCAUUCACUGCCGAAACACACUUGUGCUAUAUACUGGUACAAAUUAGCCUAAUUAUUAAUCAAGGUCUGAAGAGAUGAGUCUGCAUCACUAUCCAGAUAUUCAAUACUUUUGCAGCCGAAUAUUUUCGAAUGUUUUCAGUUAUGUUUUUUUCAUGUCAGAAUUCAGUCAACACUCGAAAAUUACCUAAAAUCAGUUUUCACUGCUCAGCUUAUCUAUCUAUUUCUAUCUAUUUCAAUACGUGAAGUAAUCUAUACAAUUCUUUUUUUCAUGAGCUUUAAAUGAUAAGAGUUGUCUAAUGGUGGACUGUCCUGAUAGUCGGUGUAUAUAUUUCCCAUUGUUGCCUAUUUCAUACUACUCUCAUCAUCAUGAAUAUGAAUACAGGAGCAGGCAUUACUGCGUAACGGUCCCAGUUGCCACACGCAUGUCAGGGUAUCAAGUAACAAAGCAAUGAGAUGGAAGAUG